ACGACAAAAUACUGACUUAAAACAGAGAAAGUUGGUGGCUAGUUGCCAACGCUGAACCCGUGGAGGAGACGAUGGAAACCCGGCACAGAGCGAGACUCGCCAUUCUUGAACUGGCCAACAUGCUAAGCGUUCCUAUGUCCCUCAACGCCAUCGUCCGCCUCAACGUUCCCGACGCAAUCUGGCAAGGUGGGGCUAAUAGCCCUCUCACCGCCUCCCAGAUCCUCGCGAAAGUUCUACCUUCCGGUGGUGGGGAUGCCGAAAACCUCCAGCGCAUCCUCCGUAUGCUCACUAGCUACGGUGUGUUCGCGGAGGUACUGGAUGAUACUGACUGUGCGGAGAGAAAAUACUCACUCACUGAGAUCGGGAAGACGCUCGUCACCGACGCCGAUGGUCUUUCCUACGCUUCUUACGUGCUCCAGCAUCACCAGGACGAACUAAUGAAAGCAUGGCCAUUGGUGCACGAGGCGGUGGUGGAUCCGAAAUCGGAACCAUUCGUGAAGGCGAACGGUGAGCCGGCGUACACUUACUACGGGAAAAAGCCGGAGAUGAAUGGGUUGAUGCAGAAGGCAAUGUCAGGAGUCUCCGUGCCUUUCAUUAAAGCAAU